AUGGCUCUUGUUUAUUUGGCUUGGGAACAGAUUGUUUUGGAAGAAAGAGUAUUAGUUAGUCUUCACUUUUAUGCACAAGGGAGAUAUCAAAAAGGAUUAGGUGGUAAUAGUAUGCUAAAUAUAAGUCAACCGUCAGUCAGUCAAUGCAUACAUGCUGUAACUGAUGCUAUAAACCAGAGUCUGUUCAUAAAAUGGGUUAAAUUUCCAAUAACUGCCGCUGAAAGACAAAGGGCUCGAGAAAAUUUUGCAUAUGUUCCUCAACCAUUUGAAGGUACAAUUGGAGCUAUUGAUUGUACAUAUAUACAUAUACUUGCUCCUCCGGAACAUAAGGAAGCAUAUGUUAACCACCAUGGUAAACAUUCACUGAAUGUGCAAGCAAUUGUAAAUUCUAAACUACAAAUUUUGAAUAUGAAUGCAAGUAAUGGUGAACGCCAAACAUGGCUUAUAGGAGAUGCUGGUUAUCCAUUGGAACCCUGGCUGAUGACUCCAUUGCCACAUUUUGCAGAAGGUACUAGGCAGUUUGAGUACACUAAAAAAUUUUGUAAAGCCAGGAAUGUUGUGGAAAGAUUCUUUGGGGUGUUAAAAAGCAUGUGGAGAUGUUUGUCGUAUCAGAGAGUACUUAUGUAUUCACCUGGCAUGGCAGGUAAAAUUGUCAAUGCAUGUGCUACUCUUCAUAAUAUUUGCUUACAUUGCAAUCUACCGGCUUUUGAAGAUUUUGAUGCCAUUGAUCAAGAAAACAAUACAGUUGAACAUCAACAUGAACCUGAAUUUGAUCCAGCUCUUAGGCCAAAUGAAAGAGCACCUCGUGCAAUAGCUCAACGUAUACAAAAACAAUUAAUGUUGGAACAAUUUGGAAACUAUAGGGAUGGAAACAAUGAUGAAUAA